CCGAGAAUCCCCAAAUCCACUAGCCAAACUCAGCGAAUCGAGCGAGCCAGCACUGUCGUGUCGGAUCCGUGCCGUGCUCCCCCGCCGCCGCCGCCUCCUCAUCCUCCUCACCGCUUCGUCGAUUCGAUUGGCUGCUUCCCGCGUCAAAUCACCACCUCGCGGAUGGCUUCGAACGCCCCGGCGCCCCAGCCCCAGCCCAAGCCCACCAGGGUCUCGCUGUCGUACGAGGAGAUCUCCAAGCUCUUCUCCCUCCCCAUCGCCGAGGCAGCCUCCAUCCUCGGAGUCUGCACCAGUGUCUUGAAGAGGAUAUGCCGCAGCCACGGGAUUGUUAGGUGGCCGUAUCGAAAGCUUGUUUCUGGGAAAGCUGGUGAUGACACAAAAGGUCCUGAAAGAGAGAAAGCCAAGGAGCUUCUUGAGUUGUCAAAAAUUGCAAAACAAAAGGCUUUCAGCCCACCUGGUUCAUCAAUAGUGUCAACGAGGAUUUCCCAAGGAGCAGCAAAAUCUCAACAGGGCAGUUCUAAGGCAGGGCAAGUUUCGGUUUCACCCCCAGCAGUUAAACAGAAUGCGUCAGCAAGCUUGGCCCAUGGUAGCCAAGCCAAAGCCAUUCCUAGCUACAUGGAUGAUUUCAAGUACGGAUUCCCAUCAUCUGGCUUGUCCUGUGAAACUAUGAAAUGGUGGGGUGGGAGCAGUGACUCGGACUGUGCGCCCACCAAAGAUGGAAGCUGUGAAGCCCAUGGCGAGGCAUCAAAGAGUAUGACUGAUGAUGACGAGUUGGACUGGGGAGCAGAUGAGGCGGAAGCUGAGGCUGAUGGUGCUGUUACAGCAGAAGCGUCGGCGCAGCUGUGCUCCCUGAGAAGGAAAGCAGUAGACGACGGGCGCAAGCUAUUGAAUGGCGACACCCGCAGGGGACAAGACUUUUCUAGACUGAACAAGAGGCAGAAGCUGGCGCUGGCCCAGGUAUUUGGGGCUUCACUGCCGGAUGUUGUACUUGUGUUUAGUGAGUGAGCAACUCAUAAAUGCGGUUGCCCUCCCUCUUCAGAUCCUCAUGUAACAUGACCCAUUAUAAGCGAGAAGUGUGAAAUCCUCUCACUGAAUUGAAGAAGAAUGGUAGGAGCUUGUUUUGCCUGCCUUACCAUACAAGCCGUUGCUGUUGAUUUUGUAUGUAUUGUCUUGUCUCCUGCGUGCACAUGAGGAGAGCGCCUUAUAUAUAUGUGAAUGCACUAAUAUAUGUACAUGACAUGAUUCCAUUGUGUUGUGUUCCUUGAUUUCAA